AUGGGUAGGGUGAAAGUGCAGCUGAAAAAAAUUGAGAACAAAACUUACAGGCAUAUAACUUUUGCCAAAAGGAAAAGUGGGCUUGUCAAGAAAGCUUAUGAACUUUCCACUCUUUGUGAUGUAGAGGUUGCUCUCAUUUUAUUUUCUCCAGCAGGAAAACUCUUCCUUUUUGAUGGAAAGAAAAGGGUAGAAGAUAUUUUUGCUCAUUAUCUUGAACUCCCUGCUCGCCGACGUGGAUGGGUGCAAAAUCAAGAGUUGAUCCAGCGCAUUGUUACUCAGAUGAUCGUUGAAGCUGAUUUUUAUAAUCACCCCACCAGCUCUAGCACCAACAAAUUGGACAUUGAUUCUCAAUUACAGGAAAUCCAGAAAGAAAUACUUAUGUGCAGCACUCAACUGGAGGAUGUGGAGAAGCAAUUGCAGUAUUUUUUGAGAAAUCCUAGUUGUGUUAAAUCAAUGAGCGAGGCUAGAUACCAUGAGAUGAUCCUGGAAGAGACCUUGAAACUUGUCCAUUUUCGCAAGCGAUUUUUAGAAGCAAAUUGUAGUGUUCAACCAACUUCACAGGAAUUUGGAAAUACCAUUAGGCCUCAUUUAGUUGAUUCCAGGGAGAAUCCACUUCCGGCACAAAAGGCAAGUUCCAGGGGUUCCAUAUCGGGAAGUUUAAACUACAACUUGAUUGGCUGGCAAUCACAGAAAGAUCUCCUCGCUCCGAGAACGUUUCAGUCAAAUGGACUUCAGCUCCCAAGAAAUUUACCAGAACCUUUGUUUGAAAACCUCUCAUCUUCAAUGACAUAUCUUCAAGGGCACCAAAACUUGGCCGGAAAUGAUGUGAACGGUCAACCUAAGGUUGAUGGCUAUAUCCAACAUCCGGCGUCUGGAAUUGUCAAUGCAAAUUUCCCUCCGGGAAUGGCCAUCAUACAACAGCCAAGGGCAACAAGCGGCGCAGCGCAGUGUGAAGCGGGAAGUUCAAUGAGGACUUUCCGUGGCAAUAGUUCAAACCUUGACUCAAAUGUUUUAGACGCCUCAAUUAUUAGAUUCCAACCAAAAAAAAAAGUUAUUGUCGCCUUAGCAGACUCUUAA